UGCACGUUACCUGGGGCAGGAUCUGGUCCUCCGCGCUUCUUCUUCUCUCCGAUGGGCGGUCACAAUAACAAGAGCCGCCGGCCGAGGAACUCCGUCUCUCGCCGGGGGAAGCCUGGAAGCAAACUUGAAUUCCAGUUGGAUGCUGAUCAUGAAGGGGAGUCUCUACCAACUCAUCAAGGAGAAACUAGCGAGGAAGCUCAUGUUCCAAAAAUUCAGCUGGCAAUGUGGGAUUUUGGGCAUUGCGAUGUGAAAAGGUGCACAGGACGUAAACUAUCAAGAUUUGGCUUUUUGAAGGAGUUGCGGGUGACCAGUGGCUUUGGGGGCAUUGCAUUAAGCCCUGUUGGUACUCAAUGCAUCUCAAAGGAUGAUCAUUUGUUAAUCAAAAGAAAAGGUCUUGCUGUUGUUGAUUGCUCAUGGGCACGCCUCAAUGAUGUCCCUUUUGUGAAGCUUCGCUGUGCUGCCCCUCGACUCUUGCCAUGGUUGGUUGCUGCAAACCCAGUAAACUAUGGACGACCGUGUGAGUUAUCUUGUGUUGAAGCAUUGUCAGCAGCUUUGAUAAUAUGUGGGGAAGAGGAAACUGCGAAUCUAAUUUUAGGCAAGUUCAAGUGGGGUCAUUCAUUCUUGUCUCUUAACAGAGACCUUCUUAAGGCGUACUCCAAUUGUGAGAAUGGCUCCGAGAUAAUAUCUGUUCAAAAUGAAUGGCUGUCAAGCAACUCAAGAAUUCCGAAGGCAACUCCUUGUGCGGACGUAAUUGAUGGGAAGCUGCCUAAUUGCAAUGACGGGUCCGACGUUGACUCUGAAGACGGACUCCCGCCUCUCGAGCGGAACUUGAAUCAUUUGACGGUGGAGGACAGCGAUGAAAGCAAUGAAGAAAGUGAAUGAAGUAAUGCAAUGAAUUUUGGAAAUGCACUUUGUUUUCAGUUUUGGGAGCUCUGUUCUCUGCUUGUAAUUUCAAAUGUUUUAUGGCGCUUGUUCUUGCAUUUCAUGCUUUUUUUGUUCCAAACUACGAACAGUGAUCAGCUUGAGAUUGUUAAAACCAAUUUUGUUAUAUAUAUAUACAUCUUAAGAA